GAGCAGAGAAAUUGCAGACGCGUAACAGGAAGCCGCACGAUAUCUCCAGACAAUGCAGGUCAUUAGGGGAAAUAAUAAUCAGGAAACCGGACCGAUGUCUCCACGAAGAUCCCCGGAAGAUCACCGACUGUGGCCUCUUCAGCUUUUAUCUGGCGGCGCAGUGCAAACAAGGGCAAGCGAGUGUCUCUGAAGGCUUCUCGGAGGCGCACACCAGUCGGUGCUUCUUUAUCUCGCGAUGUCGGCCCGGUUGUUUAGGCUGGUGGGGCCCUUCAGUGACACAUUCAGGAACAUCAUACGAGGGAAUUCGACUAUCCCACGCUGCACAGGUGGUCCAAGGAUUAGAGGUUCUCUUUGGAGCGAUUCAUUUGGCCACGAACCAACGUCGGUCGGUCGGUUGGAUUAUCGUCUAUUUGCUCUAAUCUUUUCAAAGACACACUUCCUCCGCCACGAAAUACACUCCCGAUACACAAUCACGAUUACACGGAUCGUAUACGCGAUUGUUUUAUUUUAGCCACAGGUAUAUUGUUGGACUUCGAUCGAUAAAUACCUUUCUUUCUCUCUCUCUCUCGAUACGAUCUAGAUAUAUUUCUAGAUAUACAUACGCGUAUGUCUUCAUUUUUUUUCGCGAUACAAGUCGAUAGAAAUUCGAAAAGGUGAAAAGUGUGUCGGGUUUAACUACGCAUCGAAGAAUGAUAUCACGCCGAUUCGGAGAUCGAUAUCUUUUCCCAUAGAGAGAGAAAGAGAGUGUAUUGUACAACAAUACGUAGAGGUUGAGACGUGUUGCGAGCCACUGACACAUUCGACUCGCUAUCAUAUCUCGUUCAUUAGUUGCCAUUAGCAUACGUGUCAUAGCAAGUUGCGGUUACGACCACACCACCGCGAUACAAUUUAUCUUCACGGUCCAGAUUCUUCUCUGGGGAAUUUUAUCACUACCGUGCCGACUUAUUGAACGUCUCUCCUACCUUUUUGAGUGUAUAAAUUUUAUUUCGAAAUCGAAAUACGAAAACCAUUCUUAUGAUAUUACACGUAUAUAUUCUCUCUCUAAGGAAAGAAGUUAGAAUCGAAAUAACUCGUCGAAGCGAAGAUUUUUAUCGUGCAAACAAUAGAGAGAAAAUUGAAUGUACGAAGUCGGCGAUCGAGUUACACAAGAAUUCUUUUUUUCGACUAAUCUAAUAUGACACACGCGUGAAUGACGUAACACGACGACAGGUGUUAUCGAUCAUCCGGUCGAGCGUCAUUCGAUGAAUUUACAAAUGGAUGGAGUACUUAUGUCACCUUCGUCGUGUACGACCGAGCCGAAAAAUGAUAUGAUGGCAAAAGGGUGGCCGAAAAGGUGGAAUCAGAUAACGCGAGCUGUGUCGUCAUCAUCUCGAUUCGAUUUCCAAGUGAAAAAAAAAAACGAUUUCGACUGAUUCCCCAGUAAACAUUUGACAGCGCUAUGCACGCUAUGCUGUCCUCGUAUCUUUUCUAUCGGACACACCUGAUUCCAACCGUGCCUCCAGCUCUAAUAGACUCUAACGGAGUACAGAUCUUUCGAUUGUUACCUGUUCGGAUACGCCGUCUGCUAAUAUGAUAUUCGAGAGGAAUCGAAGCAGCGACGAAGGCGAGUCGACGUCGGGCACGCCAGCCGGGGGAGGCACGGGGGGUAGCGGGGAGAGCCAGGAAAUGGAGGAGAACGGUACGAUCCGUGGCGGAAGCAACAAUUCCGCCGGCAAUCUGGUGUACAGGGAUCUGAAGGCCCUUCACCCGUCAAGCCACGACGUGUCCUCCCAGGAUUACAAUCCGCAAUCGAGGCCGUCGUACCAGCGUGGCUACUCGCCGGCCAUGGACAAGCCGAGUUACGAGAAGGAGCAGCACAGACCGCCCUCGUCCAGGGACGAGGAGAAACCUUCCUCGUGGGAGUACGGGGAGAAGACCGAGAGGAAGGAGUACUCGAGAUCGCGGGAUAGCUUGUACAGGAGCGAAGCGUAUCAGGACGCGACGAAGCAGGAGCAGAAGGAGCACGCGAACCGCGAAUGGGUAUCGCCGGUGCCGGAAGUGGAGGUGGGCGGCUCGGCGCCGGGCGGCCCCCAGGUACGAGCGCGGAAGGACAUUCCAAGGGGCGCCAGAUUCGGCCCUUUCCUCGGCAAAUGGGCCAGCGAGCCUUUCAACCCCCGUUACGCGUGGGAGGUUCGUACGGCCGGAAGCGGGGUGAGGGGGUGGUUGGACGCAUCCCACGAGACGAAUAAUUGGUUGAAGUACGUUCGAAGCACUAGCAGCCCGCACGCGGUUAACAUGCGACAUGUGCUCAUCGGUGGACAGAUGGUGUACGAGGCGGUGAGGGACAUUGCGGCGGGUGAAGAGCUUCUUCUCGGUGUUCGAGAACCUCUUCAGCUUCAGGACAUGCUCGGCGAGAAUACGACCGAGGAUCGAAGCGACCGAGAGACCGCCUCGCAACACAGUGGAACCGUAGACGAGGACAAGGAGGACGAGGAGGAGGGCGAGACUAGAUGCACCGUCUGCGACAAACCGUUUCAAGAUAUCGAAUUAUUGGACAGCCAUCUGAUAACCUGUCACAGAUACCCGGCGGAGCAGCAUCGGUGCGACAAUUGUCCCAGAGCGUACGCCUGGCGACCGUUGUUGGUACGCCACCGAGCGAUCGUUCACGGUGAUCUUCGGAACUACCCUUGCGAGAACUGUCCGAAGUCGGACAAACCGCAGGUCUUCACGGACCCGUCCAAUCUUCAGCGCCACAUCCGGACCCAUCACGUGGGCGCGAGGAGCCACGCGUGCACCGAGUGCGGCAAGACGUUCGCGACCAGCUCCGGGCUGAAGCAGCACACCCACAUCCACAGCAGCGUGAAGCCGUUCCAGUGCGAGGUCUGCUUCAAGGCGUACACCCAGUUCUCCAAUCUGUGCCGGCACAAGCGCAUGCACGCCGAUUGCCGUAUGCAGAUCAAGUGCGUGAAAUGCGGCCAGUCGUUCAGCACGGUCACCUCGUUGUCCAAGCAUAAGCGAUUCUGCGACUCGACGCCACCUACCGGCCCGCCAGGCGCCAUGCCGCAGUUGCCCACCCCGGCCCCCAGCCCUUUCCUCGUUUACCCCAGACCCCCGGUCAGCCUCCCCGGAGGUUUGCCCUUCUACCCGACCAGCCUGAUGGGCCCCUACCCGGGAAUCUUCCCCAACGCUCCCAAUUUCUUGAACACCCCCCUCCUGUUCCCGCCCAAGGUCGAGGAAGCCGAGAAGAGGAGCGAGAGCCCGAAGAAGGAACGUUUCACCCCGCCAAGGGUUCUGCCGCAGCACAGCAAAGUGUCGCCGUCCACCGCCGAGGAGGCGACCUCCUCGUUCAGACCGUCUCCGGCCAGGCCGCCUGUCCAGCCGACCCCCGAGAGCGACGACCAAGACCCGUCCAAGAAACGGGAGAUCGGAAGAGCGGGCAGCGAGAAGAAACCGGAUCCCGAGCAUACCGCGUCCACGACCACCGCGUCGUCCGCGAACGUCGAGGAGACGACGGAUCAGCCGUUGGACCUCAGAGUGCAAACCAAGAAGCAGAGGACGAAUUGCUCGAACGCGACGGCCGAGAGGAAGCCGAGUCGCAGCCCGUCCCCGGCCCCGGCUCGGGUCGAGGAGGUCCCGCCGCCCCCCGACCCUCCCAAGCCCGAGGAGGAGGGGGCCGCCUCCGUGCCGAUGGAGGUCGACUCCAAGGACGUGGCGAGCAGCCCCCAGCUGAGGACCAGCCUGCCCGCCGAGCAACCGCCCACCAACACCCCGCCGCACAUGGCGUACCCAAGACCCAUCCACCCCAUGUUCCUCGAGGCGAUGUACCGCGGCCCGACCGGCUCGUUCCCCGGCUUCCCGGGCGGGCCCCCGCCCCCCGGUGGCGCCGCGCCCGAGUCCAGGCUGCUGCCGCCCCUGCCACCCUUCGGACCACCCCGCGGGCUUCCUUUUUUAGGGACGCUCAUGAACGGGCUCAGCGGCGCUAGGCCUGGAGGCGGAGGAUUCGACCUGCUCGCCAGGCCGCCGCUGGGGCCGUUCCCCGGCGUGAAACCGUUUCAGGAGGCGGUGAUCGCGCCUCACCACCACCACCACCACCACCACGCCCACGGCAAGAUGAAGGAUCGGUACUCGUGCAAGUUUUGCGGCAAGGUGUUCCCCAGAUCCGCAAACUUGACCAGACACCUGCGCACCCACACCGGCGAGCAACCGUACAAGUGCAAGUACUGCGAACGGUCGUUCAGCAUCUCGAGCAACCUGCAACGGCACGUGAGAAACAUCCACGACAAGCAGAGGCCGUUCAAGUGUCCCCUGUGCGAGAGAUGUUUCGGCCAGCAGACGAACUUGGACCGGCAUCUGAAGAAGCACGAGGCCGACGACGGGAGCGGUGUCGUUUCCGUGGCCGACUCGCCUGGGAGCAGCAACGAGAACGAGCGCGAGGACACUUACUUCGACGAGAUCAGGUCGUUCAUGGGCAAAGUGACUUACGGGGGUGAAGCUGGUUACGGAUUGCCGCCCCAUCCGGCCUAUCUGCCCAGUCGGCUUCACGAGAUGCACGAGUCCAAGAUGGAGACGGAGUACGACGAGGACGAGGACAGCGAGGAAGGGGUGUCCCCCCUGGACGAGACGGAUGGCAUGUCCCCGGCCGAGACCAAGGAAUCGGCAACCCCGCCGCCCCAGUACGAUCUCAAGCUGAGGGAGAAGCAGGAACUGCUCAACAACAACACGGCCGAACCCGUGAUCGAGAUCUCCACAUAGCUCGUUGGACGGAUACCUUGAAGAGGAUGAGGAUGAAGAUGAUCGAGGAUCGUGUUGCUCCAAUCGUUGGACCGUCGUUAUCCGAACCGUCUUCUUACGAAAAUGUCUCCGAAGAUGUAACUGUUAACAUGAUCGCACGUAUAUGUUAUCGAGGAAGAGUCGGCCUUCGAAAUCGCGUUUCGAAGUAGUAGUGAGAAAGAGAGAGUGAUCGAUCGAGUCGAACUUCCUUUCGAAGAAACGAUGAAAAAAAAAAAAAGAAAAAAAAAGAGAAAAAGACGUUAAGGACGCUGAAGAAAAGUGCGUUUACGAUGGAUCCACACAAGACAUUCUCAAGUCCCGGUGGACUCUUAUUUUCCAAGUCUUUAUUUUUUUUUUCUUUUUUUUCCCUCUUUUUUUCCUUUCGCACCGCAAAGAGUGAGAAUCCAAGCGAGAUCGAACGAAAUUCACUGUACUUUCUCAUACACGAGCAAAGAAAAAAAAAAAAGAGAACACACGUACACGUACACUUACACGUACACACGCAUACACGGAUACAUAUACAUACAUAUUCACGUUCGUUGACGGGCAAGUUGUUCAAUAGUGUAGUUCCUACAGGCUCGUUUCCAUUGUACACACACGCGCACGCGUAUAAUUAAUAAUCGUUCGAACUUUUUUCUCCCAUUUCCGCUCAUCGACCUGAAAAAUCGGUCGAUCAUCGUAGUAUUAUUUAUUCAUAUUGCGAGUUACUUUGCGAGUGAAACUGUCUCGUACGAGAAGACAGGAUCCGGAUUCGAGUUUCUAAAACUCGAUUUCCCUUCCCUAGUGAUAUAUAUAUAUAUAUAUACAUACAUAUAUAUACACAUAUUCGCACAGGACGAUUUAAUCGUGAAGCGAGAUUCAUGGAUAUUCGAAAUCAGGCCUUCGUUAAACUCGAAGCCGAACGAGAUGAUUAUUCAACGAACGUUUCUUAUCUUUUUUUUUUUUGUUUUCCUUCUUCCUUUUUUUUUUUUUCGUUAGCUAGUAGCAAUCGAUUGUUGCAAUCGUCGAUCGGAAGUGUGAAAACCUCGUGCUCGAAUAGAUAGGAAAGGAUAACGUAAAUUCUGGCGUUAGUCGACGCGAAGCCAAAGCGACGAGGAUGGAUAAUUAGCGAAACGAGCGUGUAAUUAGAAGAGAAAGAGAGAGAGAGAGAGAGA